AUGGCAUCAUCUCACGGAAGCUGCCGCUGCGGCAACAUCAGAAUAUCGUUUAAAGGAGACCCAGUGACCACAGCCGCCUGCCACUGCCUCGACUGCCGAAAAGUCUCAGGCAGCGCCUUUGGCGUAAGCGUCCUCGUCCCAGCCGCCGCCUUCACAUGCGAAAAGGGCACGCCGAUAGACUACGCCAGCGCAUCUGACAGCGGCAACGAGGUCGUCAACCACUUUUGCGGAACUUGCGGCGUCACGCUCUGGGCCGACGGGGCGUCUUCCCCGUUCAAGUUCGUCAAGGCCGGCGUGUUGGAUGAUCCUUCCGCGUUGGAUCGGUCGAAGCCCGCUGCUGAGAUCUAUAUCUGCCGUCGUGCCGCGUGGUGUUCGGCAUUGGAGGGGACUCAGCAGACGGAGAAGAUGUAG